GGAAGAGCCGACGACGGACGCAUAUCAAGUAUACAGUUUACUUCGGGGGCCUGUUCUUCGCGCGCGCGACACAAUUGUUCAUCUCUUCAAGACUACAUCAUCCUUCCCUCACGACUCCGGCACGGAGAGGGUGGUCAAGCGAGGAUUCUCUUUAACCUGCUAUCGCGACGAGAGCAACAUCACUAUUCUUACCGUCAUUCGCUGACGCUAUUAAAAGCGUCACACGGCACGGUCGCUGUUGCUGCAAAGCAAUGCUAGAGAUGAGGUCCCGCCUCGACAUCCUCCUUCAUCGAUCUCCCUGAUCUACGUUCCUGUCCGUGCAGCAGAUCCUUCAUUUUUGAUGGCAUACCACCACAACGGCACAUUAUCAAUAGCCGAUACGGCCUUUCCCGCCUUCAUUUUGUCCUUGUCUUUCACGCUACUCCCGCUCACCUUCAACGUCCGAGGCAACGAGCCAUCGGCGAAGAGAGAUGACCAUCCUCCUUGGAUGCAGCCGUUGCAUACCAGCUUCGUAUCUCUCGCCCUUCCUCGAAGCCUACGAGUUGGCGGCGGGCUUAUCUCCAAUGUGUCCACUUCCGCCAGUGUCCUCUCCCCAAUUUCAACUCGUUCAAAUGGAUCGCCUCAUCCUUGCCUGAACAUCCUCUGUGUACCUUCUUCUAGCUCACGACUUGGGCCAUGUUGCUCUGACCCAACGCACCCACUUUCUUGCAGGGAGACAUUGUACUAUGAGAGCAUUGCGUAUCGUUCAGCCUUACCUUCUGGAGAGGAACUUCCAUUAUGGAUCUGGCACCGUUUCAAGGGAUGCCCGCAUACUUUGGCUUCUCUCCCAGUUGCGUGUCUGUCCGGUGAAGGGCUGCAAUACAUAGCCAGCUGGUGGAGCGCACUAUCACGAGAAAAUAAUGUUUCAUUGCUUUUUAGGGAGACGAACGAAGGUUGCCGUGGGGGGAGAAGCGAGAGCAGGAGAGGGGAGCGACGGGAUGGUCCUGUCGUGUUCUCUGCCCCAUCGUCACCGGAGAAACAUGAGUCAGCGACUCAACCGAAGAUCGGAUGAAGAGGUAGACUGAACUUUGUGUUACGAAGGCGCGUUUAUUAUAGUUUACAGUUCACACUUCCCAUUGAUCUUCUUUUUAUUGCCUUGUCCGUUUUACCGAAUUUGUAGAGGAUACAUACAUUCUGGAUGAACAACCUGAACGUAAUAUCUUCUGACGGACAAAGACUCGUCUAUAAGGUUUCUUGCAACAUCCUAACGGUUCCCUUAAGAAUCCUAGAAAAUCCCUCUCACUGGCAAUCAUAACCGAGUCAGCAUGGUCUCGGCUAAACAAACAUAA